UGUGGAAGUGUGUGUCUUGUGCUCAGUGGCAGAACUCUGCUUUUUCUGUAUUCAAGAAAGAACAGCGGUAGACAACCCACGAAUAACACCAGUUGACAUGUACUUGCGAGUGCUCGGACUUCUGGCGGCGUUAGCGCCCUUGACUUGGUCUUCAACGUGUGACAAGAAGGACCCGUGCUGUAGAUAUGACGUCGACGGCUGUAGCAUUCCGUUCGGCCUGCCAUUCUUCUACAAGGGGCUGUUCACUCCCUCCUGUGACAGACACGACAUCUGCUACCACUGUGGAGUUGCCUUUAACAUAAGCAGGACGACAUGCGACCUCACCUUCAGAUACAACACCUUAAAGGCCUGUGAUGAGGAAUACAACACAACAAGACAGGGCGAAAUGACAUCGCUACGAGAUCACAAGCAGACGGUUCUUAAACUUCUACAACAGAAAUCAGAUGAAUUCACACAACCACUUGUUGACGAGAUUCACUUUUUUCAAAGCAUUUUAUACUUCCCCAGGAAAAAGAAUUGUUUUUGAAAACGUUCAUUGAAAAAAAUUUAGAGGCAGUAGUUACGAAAUGGGCAAAACAGCUGACUAAUUUACUAGCUUCAUUUUAUUCAAACACAGAGCCAAAUCGGCUUUUUGAGGUUCAGAUGGCCAAUACUUCUCAAGUAAAUAAUCCCAGUAAAACUCCCUUGCCUGAUGUAUCACACGACGAUGCGCUAUGCCAACGAAUCAUAGUGGCAUCUGAGUUGCCAGAUAAAUCUACACCUAUGAAGCUAAACUGUGACGAUGUCAAACUGUUGACGUGUCACGUGUUUUCUUUCAGCUAUUACAUGGCUGUUCGUAUCUUCGGAUCCACAAAUUACCUCCUUGAUCCAGAAUUUUAUUGCAAGCAGUCCUUUGUACCAGGAUGUCUUCCGAAACAUUUUCUUUAACGAACAAAGUAACAGAUGAACUUUUAUUCUCUGUAAUUACAUUUUAAGAACCCCCUCAUAAUGUAAGAAAAUAAUCUCUAAUAUACUAUUUUAAUGAAACAUUUCAUUGGAAAUUAAAUAAAAUAAUU